ACCUUACCUACGGUGGAUGCCGGCAAACGGAUUGCUAGUAUCGUAACGUUAACUCGAACGGCUCAUUGCUGUGUCGUUGCGGUUGAGAACAACCAGGAAGCUGACGCAUUUUCUGGCUAGGUUAUCACUUGCUUCGCCCCGCGCCAAAGAAUUGGUAUGGCCAGUCUAGACUACUCUCGGUCGAUAGGCUCUGUAGGCCUCUUCGUGUAUGUACUGCAUCGUAUUCCUCGACACGCCCUUCGAGUUGAUCAGUUGCCUUUUAGUUGCCUCUCCUCAUCUUUAAAAACCUGGCUUGCUGGCUCUAUCCUGAUAAUUGACGACCGGCGAGUUCAUUGGGCUGGCUAUCACGCAACACAGUCCCUGAGUCAGGAACCGUGGACCUGCAGACUCAACUUCGGACCACCAAAACGAUAGAUCAGUGCGUUAGCACGACAUCCCAUCUUGCGCAUCCCCAGUCGCAACAACCGGCAUGGGUAGUACCGCGGAGGAGCUGCCGUACUGGCAGGUCAACGUUCCCGAGCAUCUGAGGACCGCCGAGUGCCCCGACUUCCUCCGGAAUCUCAACGAGAAGGAUCUCGGCAUCAUCAGCACACCAGACAGCGAGUUCCAGGCCGACAGCUGGGAGGUGGUGCGGCAGAAGGUAGCGCAGAACCGACUCGAGCUAUUCCAGAGAGUCCCGUCCGAGCUUCGCCGCUACAUGGCGUUCACGUGGAAGCUCAAGCAGGAGCAUGGUAGCGUCAUGAAUUUUAUUCUGAAGCACAGGCUCGGUUGGUCGCUCCCCAUCGUGCCCAAGGGCCGGCCGUUCGAGCACGACGAGGACGUCAAAAUUCUGCGCAACGACUGGCCGUAUGGCAUUGACAAGCGCAUCGUCCAUCUCGUAGUCUGGACCAAGUUUGCGCUCGAGGAAGACCCGGAGACGGGCGAUUUGACCGACAAGGCGCGCGCCGAGAUCGAUGCCUAUGUCCGCAAGACCUUCUCCAAGAUGCCCCAGGAACAUGUUGGUUUUUGCAAUAUCACCUUAGGUUUUGCAGCCCGUGGCACUGACAUACAACCCUAGGUCGUGUGGUUCAAGAACUGGGCCGCGCUCAAGUCGGUGAAAUCGGUUGAGCAUUUUCACGUUAUGUUAUUCGAUCCCUAUCCUGCCUUCAUCAGCGAGAUAACGAACGGCGACGUGCCCAUGUGCGAAAGGUAGUAGAUGUUGCCGCCCUGGUAUCAAACAGUCGGUGUUGUUCAGCAACACGAAUAGACAUCUCUGCAUAUUAGAGUAGACCUUAGACCUUGUAAUCCCGCUCGACCACUAAUCGGCUAGAAGGAAGAGCUUGGAUCCUAGGUAAUUUCUGAUUUUUGUCUACCUUUAUAUACGGGUUGAAAACGGCCACCACAUGUGAGGGUCGAGGAUGAAGAUAGAUUUGUAAGAGAUAAAGGUGGGUUAAGGGUUGGGGUUGUUCAAGACUCGAAUUCAACUGUGGAAUGCCGAUCUUCGGGGCUUGGGCCAUGCUCUCACUACGUGCAUAACGGAAA